UGAAACACAAUAAUAUAAUUCAUUGUGUAAUCCCCACUUCUCUAAUUGUUACUACCCCCCCGCUCUCUAAUGUGUAUAUAUAUUCACAAAAUAUCCAAUAUAUAUAGCAAACUAAUUUUGGUGUUUUAAUAACCCAACAAAAAUACACAAUCCAAAAUACACAUAAAACGCGUUUGCACCAAAUAACUAAACCCUUUAGCUAUAAAAUUAUGUGGUUUUUGAUAUAAUACUUACCUGUAUGUACAUCUAAAUUAAGUCCAUAGGCGAAUAGUAUUAUUCCAUAUUCCAUUCAAAUUUCCUAUACUAGGUAAAAAGUGUUUAUUUUUCAGAGUUUUUAAACAUAAUAUAUUACACACAACACUCCUCCUUCUUCUACACGUACGUAUUUACCUCGACAAGCCGCAACUAAGAAUUGCUGGCUUUAGAUUGAUCUGUAGAUCUCUUGAGUCUUAAGUUUUUAUUGGCAUAUAAUUGACACAUGCAUUUUUGGACUUUUUUUUUCAAAACCUUCCUCCCUCCAUUCCCCAAUGAUGAUGUGUUAUUAGUAAAACAAGUUGGUGAUGUUGAUGCUGAUGAUGAUAGAAUCGAUCUUAGCUUAUACGAUGAAUUGGACAAGGAGAAUCAGCGAACAGCUUCAACUUCCAUUACCGCUUCGACUAGCAAGUGUCGUCGUGGUUUAUUUGGUGCAACUGAUCCAAAUUUACCGAAUGAAAUGAAUGGCUUGGACUUGGAGCAACAACAGGAAUACAAUAUAGAAACAGUUCCCGAUGCGUCGGAAAUCUAUUCCUAUGCCACAGGCUGUAGACAGCCUCACAUAUGUUUAGCUCUAUUGGGUAAUUUGCAAAUGCCUGAUCAUCAGUUUUAUUAUCGCAGUGCGGCCACUUCAACAACAGGUACAAUCUCUACCAAUACAUCGAGUACUCCAGGUCGUCCGCCAUUGAUGCAGGCCAAUAUUUCUACACCUCCACCAUAUCGUACUGUGUCACAUUUUGGUUUUAUUUCGCCACGUCAGCCGCCUCGCUUGGAGCACAAACACCUGCCCUUGGUGGUCCAGCCAUCAACGGCAUACAAUGCGUAUUACUAUCGUCCCAUGCAGCGUGCCAUCAGCUAUGAGGAGAUCUUCUCCACACCACGCUAUGAGAAACUGUGUCAGCCAUGUUUUGAUCAUUUGUUGCGUUUGAAACCAGAAAUUCGGCGUAUUACAGCCAGUGCUCCGGCAAGUAGCAGCGAGGAUGAUGUCGCCAGUGGCAGUGGUAGUGGCAGUGGCAGUGGUGGCAGUGGCAGUGGCAGUGACGGCAGUCGCAAAUUGCCCACUUUGCCUGAACUUGAUGAUGAGUUAGCAGCUGCAGAUGAUUCAUUCAAUUAUGAACGCCUGCUGCAGCACCAGGCACAACCACCGGGUUUAAAUCCUAUGAGUACACAAACCUUCACCUCAAGUGGUCCCAAUUUUAUCAAUUUAAUUGAACGUUUUAACUUUUCCGAAGAGUCUGCUGAUAUCAAUUAUGAGCCGAAUCAGCACGGUGUCACAAGUGAUUUUAGUUUAGGAGAUCAUAGUCAAGCGGCCAGUCCAACCAGUGGCCAUCCUGCACCAUCAAGUGGUGCUCCCAUUGCCAAUAUUACCGAAAUCUGGGACUUUGGAAACUGGCAGGAGAAAGAAAAUGAAUUUGACCAACAACCUCUAACCGAACGUCGUAUUACUUUCGAGAUAACACAGUUUUUUGGCACACAAGAGCAACCAAACACAAAUAGAACUACUUCACGUCCGUUAAUGCAUCGCGAUGAGCGACAACAACGUAAAACAGAAUUCCAGGAGCUUUGGGAGGAUCAUCUUGAGUAUUUCGAAGCCAAAGAACAAAUGGAAAGUGAGGUGUCACCCUUGAAGGUAGAAAAUACUGUACAAAUUCCAUUGGAUGAGUCUGAAAUAAAAUCUCUAUUGAACAAACAAGAUCCAGAGGAAGAUGAUGAAGAGAAUCAAGAACAAGUAGCUGAAGGCGGCAUCCCCAGCAUUGAAUCAUCACUUACUGAACCCAAAGAAGUGGUCGAUGUGCUGCCACAAAUGUUGCAAGAAUUUGAAGAAAGUCUCAGCCGGGCAGGUCAAAACCUAGGUAGAUUGGUUGAGACAACAAGAAAACUUCAUGCAUGUCUUGACACUACACCAGAACCAGAAGAGGAGAAUCAAGAAUGUUCAAUAUUUCGUUCGAUUACAUUUGAAAAUUUGAGCAAUACCAACGAUGCUGCGGCAUUAACCGUGGAAAGGUCACAGCCACUUAACUCUUUAUUCGAUGAUAUUGAUGCAAUCGAAGCGGAGGUUACCGAUUCGGAUCAUCCAGAUUAUGAGGAGAAACAUGAUGAUGAAAAACCUGUGACACCCUCAUCAAUGCGAACAGAGGAAUCCACCACAGAGAAGGAGAAAGAUCAUGUGGGUGAGAAAGAUGUAGAUGAGGUCGAGUGUCCCACCAGCACAAAUGUUCCCGAAACGGACACUGCAUCUCACCAUGAUGAGAUGGCUACAGCAUCAACUACAACUCAAGAACCUUUAACUAAUGAUAGUGAUAUCUUUUCACCCUUGGAACGUGAAAUCUUGCAACGCAUCGAAUCGGACAAUCUCAAAGAAGUGGACGAAAUAUUUGGAAAAAUAGAUCAUAGCAUACGCAACAAGAUUACACCAUCGAAAUUGGAUAAUUUGAUCAAUGAAGAGACUUUUACCACUUGUACCCACAUUUAUAGCCCACCAGAUGGUGACAAGACACCCUGCCCCCCGCCAAGUUCGUCAUUGUCGUCGUUGUCCAUGAUGCAUAAUAUUAGUGCGCCAUGUAGUCCGGCUGCUCAUACUCAUGUGAUUAUACGACAAGUGCCACGUUUGGCUGCAGCCUCAACCAGUAGUCCACGUCCUAAUUCCCGUUCAUCCUCGACAUCCUCUAAGGUGGAGUCCUUGGAGCGUAGCAUUUCAUCAACAACCUUUGUUUAUUCCAGCAAUCCACGUAAAAGACGUAAUUUUGUACAGGAAAACAUUCGAAACGCCUUCAAGCCGCGUUCUGGUGUAACGAGGCCCAAUCAAAGGAAGUUGAAACCAGCAGUUCAUAGUGACACUUCGUCACUCUGUGCCUUUCAAUCGGGGCAGAGGGAUAGUGGGGCACGUUUGUGGGUCUCUUUGCCGACGCCUCCACGUCCAAAAACCAGUCCCCAUCGUCAUUUAUAUACAUCGCCGCGUACUCCAUCUCCAUAUGCAAUACGUCGCAAGCCCCCGGGCCAUCAACUGGCACGUCAAUGUGGUGGUGGCUUCAUUUCCACCCCCUGCACAUCGAGUGCAUCUCUCGACUGUUCCCUGCAUCGAACCCUCUCGAGUAGCACAUUUCUUAUUGGUCUCGAUGAACCAGCCGAACUAGAAAAUUAUGUUCGUGACUCUUUUUCCACAGAAACUUUUGAAUUUGACUUCAAUAAUGAGUCCAAUGUAGAAAUCAGUGAGGAGGAGCAGGUGGAGGAUGAAACCGUACGACCAGAAGAAGACGAGGCAGAAGAGGAGUGUACUGCUGAGAGAACAUCAGAUGAUUAUGUCUUAAACACUGAAGAGGCAGUGGCAGAAUCUAGUUAUGCCGAGGAAGAACCCUCAACUAAUCAAGAUUCCCAUAAGGGUACAGAAGAAGAUGAACAAACAGAUCAACAACUGAAUGAAGAUGAAAAUGUGAAGUUUCAUUCUCAGGUAGUUAGCCAAAUGGAAAAUUCACUUAACAUAAAUCCUAUCGAAUCUGAAUCUGAAACAAACAUACCUGUCAUAAAUUUCAAUUUGGAGACAGCUCAGGAAGCAACUGUACAAGGUACAAGCAGCUUGACCGAACAAAACUCUUAUCAAAUCACCAUUAACGAGGAAAUAGUAGAAACUGAAAAUUCUAUAGAACUUCAACGUAGUUAUUCCUCUUCUGAAGAAAUGUUUGCUGAUGAUAUUAAAGAAAAAACCAGUCGGCGGGAGGAGAUGAGAAGGAAUCAUGACACAGGUGAAGGUGAUGAAAUUUGGAAGGUAAAGCCAGAACGCAUAGAAUCUGGAGAAAAUGUUAACGAAAACAAAUCUUCAACCGGCGAAAGUAACAACUUGGAACGUUCACAAGAAGAUGAGAAUGAUCAAGAUGAGGACGAUGAAGAUAAUUCUGAAGAACCGAAAGUAACUACAAGCGAUUCAUUUGAAAAUAGAGAAUUACCAUCUGAAAAUUCUAGAAAUUCCCAUGAAAAUUUAAACGAUGCAGAAGAGCGUGAGGUAGCGGGUGGUCACAAUUUCAUUGAGGAUUCUACAGAUGAUGAUGUUGCGCCUGCCGUUCCUGGUAGCCCUGUAAAGGUAAAUUCAUCCGGGUAUUCGCUUACAUCAGUGGGUGGCGCCUUUUGUAUACGUUCCACGAGGCCAGUAAGAAAAUCCAUCGACGACAAUGAUGAUUCAGAUAGCAUGGACGAUACACCAUAUGAGAAACUCAUAUGUGUGACUGAUGCACAGAAUACCAAUAAUACCCAAGAUGACACACAGAAUGCAUCGACUUCGCGUAGCAAGGGAGGAGCUGAAGACGCUCAAAUGGAUGACCAUGCCAAUGCCGUCCAAGAAGAUGAAAUUGUGCUGAACACAUGUUGCACCCUUACCAAUGAAACGACGCUAUAUGUUAUGGAAGAGCCGUCAUUGGAUGAAAUACAAACUCCACGCUUAGGGGAAAAUAUCGAGGAUGCGGUUGUACCCGAUUUGCAUUGUGUCUUCCCGGAUAGCUCCUAUUAUCAAGAAUUUGAAGAUGAUGUCUUAUAUCACGACCACAUGAUGUAUAGUUCAAAUAGCACUAUAUAUGAUGAGGACGAGGAUGAGGAUGACAUACAAUUCUCACCCCAACCAGGGUACAUAAUUGAUGAUGAUUUUAAUGAUAUGCCUGUAGCUCCUUCAACUCCGGAUGAAUUAAUACUGGUAAUAAGGCCAAACGAUUAUAUUCAGCAGAUGAAUUCAAUUCCUAUGGCCGACAAUAAUCAGAUAAUGCCUUAUGCUAGCACAGAUGAUGAUUUAGACGAUUUACAUUUAACAGCAUCUUUUUUCUGCUCUGAUGUGGAGGAUAUUGAAUUGGAAGCUUUCAAUAUAGAUAUAUCCAAUGUUCAAAUUGAUAGCUUGAUACCUACGCUAAGCAACGGGCUACAGGAGGACUUCGAGAUUAGAGAAUUUAAUGUUGCACCAAAUGCUAAGCAAGAAGUUGAAUUAAAAGUCACUGGAGAAUCUUUUCAGGAGGAAUUAAGCGGGGAAUUUAAGAAUGAAAUUUAUGGAAAUGAUAAACAAUUGAAAGAUGCCGCCAUUUCAAAUGACAAUCUAUACUUCGAGCCAUCCAAGGGAGAAGAUGAUAAAAAUUUAAAGAACUUUUCACUUUGCAAUAUCAAUGAUCCAGAGAUUUUACGUAAUGUUGAUUACUUAAGCGAUAGCUUAAUCAAUGGCGAUUUGAUAUGUGAUCUGGGGGAUAUUAAGCUGACCACAUACACCCAGCAGUUGGAAGAUAGAAUUUCCGAUAUUAACGAAAUGAUAAUGGAAGAGACAAUGAUUGGUAAUAAAACUGAUGAUCAGGCAAUGGGCUUAGAUACAUAUCACAAUCAUCUAAAUGAAAUGGGUCAAUUGAAACGUAAGAAUACUACCGCAUCCGAUAUAGAUAUUGGUGAGCCAGUCAGUCAGAAAUCAAAAGAGAGUCUACAAACUGAUGAGAAGAAUUUAUUUUGAGCCACUAUACAAAAAGUUGUUUGACUUUUAACGUAGGGCCUACUCCUUAUCUGUUGCGACCAAGUUCAAGAUCAUUCCGAGGCCCCCCUCACCCAACCCAUCAAGUAGCAUCCUUUGGCUAUGGUAUUUCAUAAUUCAACCAUCAUAAUUUUUUUUUUCACUCUUUUUUGUUUGUUAAUUACUAACUAACUUUACAUUGUACUAAAACAAAAAAAAAAAACACUGAAUGAAUUUUUGAUAUAU